AUGACAAAUAUUCCACAAGAGGGUUUUCAUUUUCUAAAACCAAAACCCAUUUCGUAUUCGUCUCCUGAAACUCGUUCAUCCCCGGAACUUGCUAAUAUCCCAAAAAACCCUAAUAACAGUGACGAUGAAUGUUCAUCUUUUGACAUUCUAAACUAUGAAUCAUGGGUGUGUCCCCAAGUUUUGAAGCGCCACUCAAUCUUUACCUCACAUGAAUCUAUCCUCCGUUUGCAACAAAAGAUUCAGCUGAACCGUCAUUCCUCACAGGAUGAACUUGCAUGUCUUCCGUGCUCCGAAGAAGAACGUGUGUGUUGGCAUGCAGAUGAACCACAUUUCAUUUAUAUGUAUGAGUUUCUGUUUGAGAAACUGUUGAUUUCAGUUCCUUUCUCGAAAUUUCAAUGUCACGUUUUGGCUACCCUAAAUGUCGCUCCUUCGCAGCUUCAUCCUAAUACAUGGGGUUUCAUAAGAGCUUUCGAGAUCCUAUGUUCAUGUGUUGGUGUUGAGCCUAGUGCCAAUAAGUUUCUGUAUUUCUUCCAAGUCAAGGUUUCAGGAAAAGUGGGAUGGAUAUCUGCGAAUGGCCGGUCAGGGAGACGGUUGUUGGAUAGUUUUUAUUCUUCCUAUAAGAGAUGGAAGAACAUGUUCUUUAAAGUUCGUUCGGCUUCAUUUUUGUUCAAUGAAGGGGGAGAUUCUCGGUUUCCUCUUUGUUGGACAACUGAUCCUGUUCCCUUCAUUACCUUUGAGAUUGACCGAUUGGACGAGGUUGAGCGGGAUGAAAUUCAACUUUUGACCGGUUUACCUGUGUUUCAUUGUGCUAAAUUGAUAGCGCUGAAUGAAAAUCGUGAUGCUUUGAUGGCUCACUUUUCUUACAUGACGACAUACAAGUUCAAGAAAAAGGACUUGGCGAAAUUCAUUAACCUUAAAGCUUCUAUAGAUCCGAUUGCUUGUACUUCAGCUCCCUACCGGACCAUGGCCUCACCUUCGGGAAGCCAGCUUAAGGAAAUGAAGCGAAAAAGACUAUCUGAGGUCCCAACCGAGCCCGUGCCUCAUAAACAAAUCCGUGUCGUCCAUUCACCUGUCCUCCUUUCCAGUGCAGGGAAUGUUCCUUCCUCCAAGCUGCCUUCGGUUGGUCCGGCACCGACCCUUCCAAUUCAGAACCUUGAGGCCAUGUGGGAUGAUGCACACGGGUCUUCAUCAGAGAUUGACAGACCCUGUUUUUCUAAACUGAGGAAGGAGGAGAUGGUUGAAGCAGCUAAGGUAUACCAGCUACGCGCUUUAACUCUUAUGAAAGAGGUGGAACAAGUUAUAUUUUCAGAGGGCUUAGAUAAGCUGACAAAAGAGAAUGAAGAGGAUAAGAGGAUUAAAGAGAUUGAAGAUUUGAAACGAAAACUGGAGGUUGCUCACAAAGCUCAAGACAAGAUGAAAAAAGAAUUGGUUGACUUGAACACAAAACAAGAGAAAUGGCAGAAGGAGAAAAUUGACUUAGAAUCUGCUUUGAAGGAAGAGCGCGAUCUCUUGAAAUCCACUAGGGUAAAUCUGCGCGAUGAGAAAAAUAAGGUUCAGCAGGCCAUGUCACAGGCAGCCCACCAGUAUUUGGAAGGUUUCAAUUGUGCUAAGUCUCAAGCCGCCUUCUUGUGCUCUGUUGAUGAAGGAAAAUUAGAUGGCAUGCGUCUUUGGGGUCAGGUAAGGGGUGGUGAAAUCGUAGUUGAUGACGGGGGAGACGAGAGUGACGACAGUGGUCAAGGGUAUGUUCUAGGAUUCCGAGUUUGA